AGUGCCCACAUAGCUGCUCGGCGCGGAGGAAAAGACUCGCUCAGACUCACCGCUCAUCGUCAUGGCGACGUCGUCCAAGUCGUCAGGGACCUGCACCAAGCUGGCGCUGGUGCUGUUGACGCUGUGGUCCGUCGUCUCGCUGGUGGUCAUCGUGGUGUGGUCCACGUCUCCGGACCUGAAGGGCUCGGCCCGCUGCCGCCAGGAGUUGCAGGAGAACACGGAGAAGUUGGAGGGGGCCAAGGUGGUGUGGGCCAAGAACAGGGAGGCGCUGGAGGCGCAGCUGGAGGAGGCCAGGCGCCAGCAACAGCUCCAGGAGGUCCGCAUGGCCGCGCUCCUGGGACGACUGGAUGCCGCCAACGCCACUCUGGAGGCCUGCCGUGGCCAGAAGGCCGUCCUCCUGGCCAACAUCAGCAUGCUGCAGGAGGAGGCGGAGCAUCGGAUGCAGGCGCAGGUCAACCUGACAGUCCAGCUGCAGCAUCAAGAAGAGCUGGCGGAGGCGUUGCAGCACAACCUGACUCAGGCCGAGCAUCGCACCGAGGCGUGCGUCAGCCUUAAGGCGGCCGCCGACAGCCUCGUCACGGCAGCGCAGGCGCAGACGCGUGCCUGCGAGGCCAACCAGAAGUACCUGCACAAACAGCUACUGAAGUGUAAAGAGACGGAAUCAAAAGCACCCGCGCCGCCACAGACGCAGAAGGACCCGGUCAACUCCAACGCCAUGUCGCUUGCCGCCAUGCCGGCUGUGACGCUGCUGGCGUUCUGUGCCCGCCUCCUGAUGACAUGACGGGCCUGAGCAGCAACGACAUGACAGCGAACACUGAGGUCCAGGACGAGGGCGGAGCCUGGAGAGACUGCUGUACACAACACACACACGCACACACACACGCACGCACGCACGCACACACACACACCAGGCCAAGGAGACAAGGUUGCUGCUCGCAACUUCCUGCUUGCUAACCUGCAGAGACACUUUGCUGCCACCAGAGACCGUGUUGAGUCAUGAACCCAGGCUCAGGUUUAUAACAGAUCCAUCAGCCACAGUGACUGUACAGUGCCUCUAGUGGCCACACCGAGUAUUACAACACUAGACCAAACGUCUAUUUAAUUCACCCCAAGCUGUAAACAUUACGUUGGCGUUCAGUCUGUCAUUAAUCGCUGAUUGUAACUUUUUAUUCACACCAGUUUGCUUCACGAGACUUUGAAUGCUUUAUUUCGAAACGCACCAUUGUAACAUUUUAAUUAAAACACAGUAAGUUUGCUUCAUGAGACGUUUAAUGCUUUAUUUCGAAACGCACCAUUGUAACAUUUUUAUUAAAACAAGACACUAAGUUUGCUUCGUGAGACUUUUAAUGCUUUAUUUUGAAACGCACGGUGCCGCCUUUUUCCCCAUCAUGCACUUUGUUUUGUAACCAAUGAACACAUGGAUUAUUAGAUAUUGCAGACAAUGAUCUUAUGCAUAUAGAUGCGGUGACAAAUAAACGUUUUGAACACA